GCACAUUCAAUCUUGAGUUCUUCAGUGGUGAACAACUAAGAAUAAGUGAAGAAUAGUCGGGGAAAAGAAAUCAAUUUCAAAAGAUAUUGACAUCCACAAAAUUAGCACUAUGCUAAGAAUCGUUUUAUACCUAGUGCUCACUUCCCUGGCACAAUUUUCAUAUGCACAUCCGAACAAUCGGCAUGAACGAGACACGUCCCAAAAAAAUAUCAUCGCCACUGCCACAAAUAUAUUGACAACAAAUGUGCUAAAGGGUAAUGCGGACCACAACAGAAACUUUGUCGUUUCACCCCUAGGAUAUGCAUCGAUUUUGGCAAUUUUAAGCGAGGGGGCCAAAGGCGACACUCUGGUAGACAUUUCUUCAAUGCUGAAACAUCCGGAAGAGCGUAGUCGAGUACGGUUGGCCUAUAAAAAUUUCCUGAAUGGUCUACAGGGCGACAAUCCAUCGAUUGCUCCUCAAUUUAAGACAUGGUUCUACAUAUACAAAAACAAUACCGUCGAAGAUGACUUCAGAAAAAGCAUUCACGACAACUACUUCGUUGAAGUGAAGGAUAUCGAUCGACAAAAUGACGAUGAAGAGGAAUCCAUCUCAACAGUGACCGAAACUGAAAACUCUGAUCUAGCUUACGUGGAAGAUGCAAAACAGAAUGAAAAAGAACGGGAAAUAAAAGUUUCGGUAACAAUAGCAGCAACAAACGACACAACGAACAGCAAAGACAUUCCCGAUUUCGAAACAUUGAAGAAAACCCAUCCGGCCGAGACACCGGACGAGACAAGAUUGAUUGAUGAGCAAGAGGACAGCUCUAAAUUCGAUGAGGUGGUCGAGGAUCGACAGUAUGUGGAGGUGCCAGUAAUUAAGGAAGAGAUUUUAAAGAAAACACCGGCAGUAGAAGAUGUUAAAAUUGUGGCGAAAGAAGCUGAAGUUGUUGAAGAUAAAAAGGAAAUCUUUGUGAAAGAAACCGAAAAACUUGAGAUCAUGCAAGCUGAAGCUAGAAAUUUGGGACAAAGACAGUUCGGCUCAACCAACACCGGUGAGGUUGCGUCAGCAUUAAGUGGAAACUCAAUUGUUGGAAGAAAAACCAACUCACGUCAGCCAGACAAAGAAAAUGAGUCGAAAAUGUUGCUGUUCAACGGACUGUAUUAUAAAGGAAAUUGGGCGAUUCCUUUCCAACAACUACGAUCCGAUACGGAAAGCGUUUUUUACACAUCGGAUUCGGAAAAGAUUCCAGUCAAGAUGAUGAGAGCUCGUGGAUUUUACAGAAUUGCCGAGUGUAAAAAUCUGAAAGCAACAGCCAUUGAUCUGCCGUACGACAAUGAACGCUACUCUUUCUUGGUGCUAUUACCGAACACACGUGAUGGCCUUAAAACAUUGUUAGAUGAUCUGUCCACGGACGCUAUACCUGACGUCAUUGCACAACUUCAAGAAGAGUCUAUCGAUAUUUCCAUUCCGAAAUUUUCCAUCGAUACAACCGGUGGAAUAGAGAAAAACCUGGCCAAAAAUGGACUGGCCUCAAUAUUCACAUCGAAGGCUGAUCUGAGUGGCAUCACAACCGAACAGAAACUGCAUAUCGAAGAAGUGCAGCAACAUGUUGCGUUACGCGUCGACGAGGGAUCGAGCAGCGAAAACUUCUUAACCGCCACGAAUGCUCUGCGCUCAAACGCACAGCCCGAACAAUCGAUCGUCGUAAAUAGACCGUUUGUGUUCUUUGUGCGUGAUGUGACCGAUGGCGUUAUCAUUAUGGCUGGUAAGGUCACAUCACCACCAACCAUGGACGAACCGAUCAUCUAGAGGAAAAUGGAUUCUGUUUUCCCAAUUAAUUUAUUUUCUUUGGAUUAAGAUUGCAGUUGAUUGUGAUAAUUUGUUACAGAGGAUGACAUUUAAGGACUUUUUCAAUUAAAAUUAAUUUUACAAUUAAAUUGGU